UCGCAGUGCGUUCGCAGCAUGUUGUGCAAACCGGACGUAAAAUGUGAUAAAGGUGCAAGGGCCGAGUGACCGCGAUGUCGGGCUGGCAUAGGCUCAUCACGGUGGGCUUAGUGCUCCUUGGGGCCCUUGCCAUCGCCCAAGACAACUUGCAACAACCUGAUGGCACAAUAAUUGGUACGAAAAUGUUUGGAGAUCGGUGUAAUGCGACUUGGGAAUGCGGAUUUAAUGGAUCGAUUUGCGUCGGAGGACAUUGCCAGUGCACUGAAGAUAUGCCCGUAACCAAUCAUCUAAAUAAAUGCGGAAAAGAGGCCAAAGUCAACGAAUCAUGCUCAUUUAACGAACAAUGCGAGGAGGUGACACCCCAAACGGAAUGUCGCGACGGCGUUUGCGUCUGCAUGUUCGAAAUGCAAGCUAUCCUUCAACAAGACGGGACCUACAUCUGUCAAGCCAUAAAGAACGUAGUUACUCCAGUAAGAUACGUCGAUCCGACAAUGAUAGGGAUUUUGGUGGCGAUGUUUUUGAUGUUUAUCACGAUUUGCGUCGUGUUGAGAUUGUUUAGCAGAGCUCGCUGGCAAGAGAAUCGCACGAUAUUUAACACGCCCAAUCCGAGGUUGAUGAACGUGUCGUUGUUGAGGGAGAGCAAGUUGGAGAGGAGAGGGUCUAAAAGCAGCGCGAGAGGACCUAGUCGACAACCGAGUAUGGUUUCGGUGAGGGCUGUUUCGCCAAAUUCGCAAGGGCGUUUAUUUCUAGGAUCCAGAAGGGGUUCGAGAGGUUCCAGCAACGUUUCGGUGGGUUCGUUGAGAUCCAUCAACAAGAAUGGGCCCCCAAACAGCUCGAUGCCUCUCCCCACAUCGGCAAGUCAAACUUUGGAGAGUGUCAUCGUCGAGAAGAGAUCCGAAGAGAUUUAAAUCGCAUACAAUCAAGAAAUUAAUAGAUAUGAAGUUAAUUAGAUGAAUUUUCUAAUAAUAAUCUAAUAUUUAACGAUAGGCGUGAUGAUAGGGACCAUAUUUAUGGGAAAUUAAACUUUAAAAAGAAUUAAUAAUUUAAUCUUGUCCACCACAUCACAAAAAACGACUUCUUUACUCUUCAAAUCUGCAAAAUGAGUUCGUACAAAAUUUGAAUUAAAUUAAUAUUAAAAAAGGAAAUAAUAAAGCACUAAUAUUGUAUUAAAACAAAUUUAGCACGAUUAGCAUUGAAGAUCUUUUUAGUAUAAGCCGCUUUCAACUGUGUUAAAACGAAUUAAAUUAAGUAUUUAAUAAAGUUGUUAAAAAAAAUGAAUAAAUAAAUAAAUUGGUGGUUCAAAAUAUACUGGGAAUAUUUUGUGAUACUACCAAUAAGUUAUUAAUUAAUUAAUUAAUAAUAAAAGUUAAAAAAUAGAUAUCUUUAUAUCAAAAAUUUAAAUUAAAUUAAAUUAAAUUAAACCGUGUUUGAAUUUCUCGAGCUGAUCAAGGGAGAAAAUGUUGGGAAAAUUUUCUGGCUUGAGCAGACGAAUCAUAUCUAUUAAUUAAACUUAUCAGAAAAAAAAAGUUUUUCCAACACGGGACUCAAAGUGUAAAAUCUAUCUUGCUCAUUUCAUACCAAAAGUGUAAUAGAAAUUGAUAAUAAUCGCUUUUCAAUGAGGACGUAGUGAUAUUUUACGGAGAAAUCUAAAUCUAAAGUGCUUUUGAAAAAUUUACGAGACGUAUUUAAAAAGUUAGUAACGAAAAAAAAGCUUCGCAUCGCAAAGCACGUCUCUUAGAGAGUGCGGUUAUGUAAUUAACUUAGCUUGUAAAAAAUACAAACUGACGAGAUACUGUUUAUAUAUUCUACUACAAUUUUCAUACUAUUUUCACGAUAUAUUCUAUACAUAAUAUGAUAUUGUACUUAAUUAAUAAAAAGUCCAUCUUUA